AGAUCUCAAUUUGGUCCAUAAGAUUUUCGACAUAUUCUUGCACUCCUCGUGAGUCGGGAAAAGCUGACAUAAUUUGAUAUCGCAUUUUAAAGGUACCCUGGAAAUGUCUUUGUUUCAAAUUAUGUUUUAUGUGAAAGGUGGGACGCAAAAAUUUACAGAGAAAUGCCAACACAUUAUUAUUCCCUUCCACCCCAAAAUUCAAAUUGAUUAGUGAAUCAUGGGAAGCUUGGAAAAGAAUCCCCCGAAACUUGGCCAAAUGGCGACAGAAAAGUUGGCCAAACUUCUGCAACAAUCUGUCACCAAUAUGAAUCAGAUUAUUGCGUCCGAUAUUAAGAAACAUUUCAUCAAAACAUUCCCAUCUGCAAAAACUGACGAUCAAAAUUCACCGAGUUCAUCCAUAUCGAAAAUAAGUGACACAGUAACAACUCCUAUAAAUCAAUUCACCUGUGCAAAAGCUGCAUUGCAGAUGAUGGCUGUACGAAAAUACCUCAUGAGUGGGAUGAAUAAUCCGUCCGCUACUAAGAUGACUCUUACCCCGGAUGUAAUUCAGUACAUCAUUUCCACCGAUAUUGACACCAAGAAUAUCGGGCUGAUUCGUCUAGUUUUAUGCGAAUGGAUGGAUGUCCUCGACUUUCGAGGGGUGGACAGAUUCUCGUAUUCAAGUAUGGAAACGGGCAACGGAUCAUCAUCUCAAAAUACUACGCGUGUCUCAUCUUCCCCAAGAAUGGAGCCCCCACUGGUUGCUAAUAAAAUGUGUCCCACUGCCACACCCACUCCACUUUCUGCCUUCUGCCUCCCACCAGAUGAGUUUGACUGGUUUUCUCGAGAUCGACUCGGAACAAUUGUCUCCAUGCCGGAAGCCUGUGAACUAUUCUCAAUCCUGGGCAUGUCACAAUGCGCCCCGAAUAUUAAGGAGAUGUACCUCAACGCCAGAAGGAAAGAAUAUUGGGCAUGUCCUGCGGACAUUAUGGAAAUGACGGCGGAUAUUUUGCUACAAAUGAAGAAGCUUUCGACCCUUGUGCUGCGUGGCUGCUGUGAUGACCACAUGUUGCGACUGAUCGGACAAUCCUGUCCAGUCUUGCGACAACUUGACAUUAGUGGUUCUCAUUUUGUGACUGAUUCAGGCCUGAAAAAUCUCUUCUUUCGAGAUAUCUCCGAAAACCCAGCCACCUACUUGAUGAAAUCAUUUAUAGAUAAGAAUUUAAAGAAUAUGAAUUCACUAGUGAGCAGUCUGGAAAUGCUGGAUUAUUCCUGGACAAAUGUCACUGCACUGGCGAGAAAAAUGGUACACCAUCUUCCAGGCGCGUUUGUUUUCAAGAGGGUUUUUGCAAGGAAUGAGAAUUACGCUUAUGGACAUCACAUUUUCCUAAAGAGAAAGUGCUCAAUUCAAGUGAAAAUUCCAUCGUCAAGCAAACAGGGAUUCUUCCAAUUUGAGAAAUCACUCGAGCCAUACAUUGGGUUGAAGGGAGCAAGAACGUUCUACAAGUUUGCGGAACAGCAUCCCUGGAAGAAUUGUAUGUUGCACAUGUACAAAGAAAAUCAAGGUGAAAAAGCAAGUCCGAAAUUCUAUGGAUUUAUUACUCCCAGCGAUGAAGAGAAACGCGUGUAUGGAAUGGUCAACUUUAACGACGCCAUACUUGCCGAAAUGUACAGCAUGUUCCCAAUCAACCUCAACAUUUUGGGAGACGCAUGUCCAAAAUUACAAGUAUUCCGUGGAACUGUGACGGACGUUUGGAAAAUGAAUUCAAGCGUUCUUUCCGAACUUACUGUUUUGGACAUGUUUGCAGACCCAUCAACUACGAGGAGCAUUUUAGAAUCUGCCCCUAAUUUGAGAGAAGUUCGAAUCCGAAUUCUGCGAGAAUGUCUCACUGACGAAUACAUCAUCAAGCCGCUCUCGACAUUUAUGUGCUGCCGAACCCUCGAAGAGCUUUGGAUUGCUCCAGGAACUUACAAAGCUUUAGAACAACCUGCAAAAUACCAAGAAGAAAGCGACACGGGCAUCCAGUGGGAAUCGUUUAAUGAAAUCCAGGCCAACUUUUACACUGCUGAAAAUCCCCCACGACCUAAAAGCAGUAGGUUACAGAAUAACAACAAUGCACAACUACCACAGGAAGAUGAAUCUUUAGUUGAUUUCGAAGAUCCGGAAUGCAGUAAUCAGUGUCAAAUUGACGAUUUGGUUCAUUUAACUAUGGGUUGUGUCAGGACGAUUCUUGGGUCAUGUCAAAAACUAAAAAGAAUUGGAGAUAUUGCUUGGUGGACCAAAAUUCGACAAACAGAUUUGGAACGUAUUUGCCAGGAAUUGAAACACAGAAAGAGAGAAGUGACAUUCGUUUGGGAAAACAAAAUUUUUCCAAAAGCUUAACAAAUCCAUGAAAAUUCAGAGAAACAUUUUUUA